AUGGCCGAUUUGAAACCAAAGAAACCUACGAAGCGGAAGAGUGAUGACGAUAUAAGCAAAAGAAAUAAGGCGGCGAGGCUGACGCCACAAGUUCGUUGCAGUGAGACAGAGCUUAAUAGCCAAAACGACGUUUCUGCCAGCCUUUCUCACGCAACACCUGCGAUGGAAUUCGACAACGAAGCUAUCACUUUGAAGUUUGAAAAGGCAGACUGCGAAAUGAGAAUAGAAGACUGCGAAAUGAGAAUAGAAGUUCAAAAGGCGACAUCCACCACUGACUCUAAAACUCGAAAUGACACUCUUAACGAUGGAGAUACGAUCAGUGUUGACAGCCAGGACCUGGGAGUGGAUGCCUCGAUUAUAACUGAGCUGCUAAGACAAUUGGAAGUACGGCCUCGGAUUAUUAUUGCCCCUGAACAAAUAUCUGCAGUUCCGAGUAAAUUUUACUCUGUACAAAGUCUUGCUAUUCUGCAUAAGUUAUGGGAUGCAGGGCUAUGCGCGGGAACAGAAGAUAAGGAUAUGGAUGUGCAAUAUGCCCUUGAAAAUGUCCAUGAUAUGAUUUCCCCUGAACAUCACGAACUGCUCUGCCAUAGCGCAUGGCAGUUUGAAGCCCCUGGAAUGAGACUGCUAUCACCCCAGUGGGUGAGAUUUUGCAGAUUUGCAUUUAGGCGUGGGGAAGACUGUGAGGAGGAAGACUGUGAGGAAGACUGUGAGGAAGACUGUGAGGAAGACUGCGAGGAACACUGUGAGGAAUGCUAUGAGGAACGCCGUGUCUUUAAAGCCUUGGCGACAUCAACAUCGAAUGGCGAGAAAACCGCAGGAGAGAUCGCUGCUGAUUGGCGAGAUAUGUUUUUUGCGAUUAGUAGCUCUCUCAAGUCCCGACUACAGCAGAGGAAUUUCGAUUUAUGCCCUUGUAAUAUUUCGCAUCCUCACUCUGCAACUGCUCUCCAGAAAAGCCUUCAAUUCCUCCAAAACGCAGAGAACAACACCAAAGAAAGGAUAAAACAGGCGGUCUCUGCUUGUACAAAUUUGGCAUUUUUUGAUUCUGUAAUUGCGGGGGGUAGCGAAACCUCAAAACAUACAGAUAACAGCCCUUACAAAGCUAUCCGCACUGCUAUAGAAAAUUGCAAGGGUGAUAAAGGGCUUUCUGAUGAAACAAAAUACGAUUUAAGCAACGUCGUUGCGUACUUAGACGCAGCUGAAGCUAGCAACUAUGAUCUGACAACUGCGCAAAAAUUAAAUGAGACCCAGAGCGCAACCGCCAGUUCUAUGCCGACUAUGACAGCGAUCAAAGCGCCUCAGAACGACAAAGACGCAGUUGUCAUGUGGAAGCAUGUUGCCAAAUCUUUGUCAACUAUGCAAUCGGUCAAACUGCCCAACGGCAACAGCGAUGCUGACAUCUUGAACCUUGCUGUUAGCUAUAUGUCGAAAAUACAACCAGAUCACCCGAGCGAGAGAGCUUUGCCUGGAAAUGAUUAUAUAACCUUUCGAAAUGAAAAGUACGAACUUGGGAUUAACCUUUAUUUGUUCUAA